GGUUUUUGUUGUUGAUCUAACUUACUUACAUGUCAUUUAUAUUCUUGCACGUUGAAGUGUAUUGUAGGAGAUUCGACUUAUUUCCCCUUUGUUAGUUAAAAUUGAGUAUUUGUGUGUUGGUAAGAAUAUAAAUUUUGCCAAAGCCCCAAUUUUUAAUUUAUUUUGUUUGAAACUCGGUAUGCACAUUUAUAAUGGAUGUUUGUUUGCACAUUUAUAAUGGAUGUUUGUUGUUCAGAUUCAUGAUUUUUGCUUGAAUAAUGAUUUACCUGUGAAAAAUGUGUUUAUAACUUAGGAGCUUUUUCAUCAACAUACUUGUGGCAUUAUGAUUAUUUUUGAUAUUGUUGACACUCUUACUGGUUUCUAACUUUUUGUCAUUGUUAAGUCCAGGUUGACUCCCUCUCAAUAUUUGGUUCGAGGCAAAGAUACAAGAUAUUUUGUUAGAUGGAGAACGAGAGGUUGACCCAACUACAUCCUGGUCCGUUAGAUCCCAGUGUCUUAACAAGACAAGAAAAUCACAGGUCAGAAGAUGUAUGGGCUGGUGAGGUGGAAGCUGUUUUAUUUUGUCGACGAUGCGAUGGUGGUUUUUGGUCCGAGGUUCAAAGACGCCCUAUUCAUCCACGCGUCCUACAAAUAUUGAUUAAUGCUGGAUUUUACGGGGUCUAUCGAGUAGGACUGAUAAAACUAGAUCAUGCAUUUAUCACUGCUCUUGUUGAGAGAUGGAGACCAGAGACCCAUACUUUUCAUUUUAAAGUUGGGGAAGCCACUGUUACACUACAGGAUGUGGCUAUUCUUUAUGGGUUACCGAUAGAGGGAGAACCGGUAGUAGGCAUUGAUAGCUCAAAGACGCCACAAGAGUGGCAAGAUUUAUGUGAGCAGUUCCUUGGUUUUAGACCACAUGAUGACAAGUUGAAUGGAAGUAGACUUGAUAUCAGUGCACUAGAAAGUCACUUGGAGGCAUUCGGUGAGAUCAAUGAUGAUACAGAUGAGUUAGUCAUUCAUCAACUCGCUAGGUGUUACAUGAUGUUGAUGAUUGGAGGUAUUCUGUUUCCUGACACAUCAGGAAACAAAGUUAAGUUGAUAUAUUUGGUGCAUCUCGAGAAUAUUGACCAAAUUGGCAGGUAUAGUUGGGGCAGUGCUGUGUUGGCAUGCUUGUACCGGGCAUUAUGCCGUGCUUCCAAUUCUAAGAAGAAAGAAAUAGGUGCUUUUCUACCACUUCUACAGGUAUGGGCAUGGGAAAGAUUGAAGAUUGUUCAUCCUGAUCGACUUCAGGCUAGAGAUGGUGCUAUUAUCUUCUCAGAUGAUCUCCCGAAUCCCCCAUAUGCGAGUAGAUGGAGCGUACAACUUAGUUGGAAGCAUUCACCUCAAUAUGCGUUGUCGUUGUUUCGAGAUCAAUUGGAUAGUCUUGUAGAUGAACAAUUUGUUUGGCAGCCCUAUGUGAUGGAGAAUCUUCCCGAUUAUUGUCGCUCAGGAGAAUAUUUUUGGCAUGCUGUGGUGCCACUACUAUGUUGGGAUGUAGUGGAGAUGCAUCAACCCAACAGGGUUCUUAGACAAUUCGGAAUGCGUCAAAACAUUCCCGAUGCCUGCAAUUUUAGCAACAAACAUGAAAAGUCUGACCGUCGUGGCAGACAAAACACUGAUUGGAGUACACAUCAUGCAAGUCACAUACUUGUGUGGAAUGAUCGUGCAAACCGUGUUUGGGAGGCGCCAUUAGCAGAAGGCUUCCUUCCAUAUCAUGAUGAUUAUCUUAAGUGGUUUCGUUUGAUCACUCGACAAAUCAUUGGAAACCCUGAAUUUCGUAUUCCAACAGGGUAUGCAUCACUUGCACCAACAUCUGAGAUAAUGGCGCGUCAACUCCAUAUGUUGUAUCAGUAUGGGAUUAAACUGAGACAAGAAUCAACUACGGAGGUCGCUGGAAGGAAUGUUAUGGAGAUGUGCAUUGAUGGGUUAAUGGCAGCAAAUGAUGCUCAAAGGCUCGCUGUCUCACCGUCCUACGUUCCAAAGCAGCCUGAUAAUUCUAGCAAUCGACGUAGACGUGGAAGGGCAGGAAGACGCAGAAAACAAAGAGGGGCGGAUCCUGAUGAUGUCUCUCCGAUGGAAGAUGCGAAUCCAAAUGUGGAGCCCGAUUGUGGUACAAGUACCAUGGGUGAAAAUUUGGAUGAUGAAGCACAAUUUGAAAAUUCUCCAAUGGAUGAUGCGAAUCCAGAUGUAGAGUGCAGAUCCAGCCACACAAUGAUUUACAAUGUCCAACCAUUGCGUGAGUUUGCUAAUGAAGAUGUUGGGUAUGCCACUCCUGCCCGUCCUGAGCAUGUUCAAUCUAUGAACGAUGACCUCAACGAACAAGCUUCCUCUUUCCGAGGUUCGGCAUCUUCCAUCUCAAUGCCUUCGUCCCCAACUCCUUCAACACCACAGAUUCCAAUUUCAUGGCCUGAAGACGGAACACUAACCCUAACUUGGGUUAGAAACUUAAUGUUAGCAUUUGAUUGGGCGUCUAGGAAUCUUCCUCCAUCAGAGCUCUUGACAGUGCUACCAAUAGAAGUUUUUGAUCGUCUUGUAGAGAUGGCGUCGGGGAUCAUGCAUAAAGAACCCAAUUGCUUGCAGAUCGAUAGUAGGUCAGGUUUAGAUCCAAAUUCGACGGUUGUUGUGGUUGGAGAUGUGCAUGGACAACUACAUGUUGUCUUGUUCUUGUUGAAGGAUGCUGGUUUUCCCUCUGAAAAUCGUUUCUUUGUGUUCAACGGAGAUUAUGUUGAUAGAGGUGCUUGGGGUCUUGAGACCUUCCUUCUCUUACUCGCUUGGAAGGUUCUAAUGCCUAAUAGGGUGAUUCUUCUUCGUGGAAAUCACGAAUCUGAAUACUGCACUUCUGUUUAUGGAUUUGAAGAGGAAGUCUUAAUCAAAUAUGCAGAUAAUGGAAGACACGUCUACCAGAAGUGUUUAGAAUGUUUCAAAGAACUUCCUCUUGCCUCCAUCAUUGGUGGUAAUGUCUAUACUGCACAUGGUGGCGUUUUCCGCAGUAUUUCUUCCAUGCAAUUAAAAAGAGAAAAAAGAAAAGGAAGGAAGAAACGCAAGAUAGUUAAAAAUCCCGUAGACAACUUUUCUCUUGGCUCUUUGGAGGAAUUAUUGGACGCUGACAGAUUUGUCCUCGAUCCUCCAAGGGAAGGUUCAAAUCUUAUACCGGGUGAUGUCUUGUGGUCAGACCCAUGGUCCAAAUCUGCGAAUGAUGAAAGAGGAAUGGGUCUCCUAUGGGGUCCUGAUUGUACAGAAGAAUUCCUUCACAAGUUCAACUUAAAGUUGAUUAUAAGGUCACAUGUAGGUCCAGAUGCUAGGGAAAAUCGACCUGAACUUGGAAACAUGGACAUAGGUUACACCAUAGAUCACGAAGUCACAUCGGGGAAAUUGAUAACACUAUUUAGUGCUCCAGACUAUCCACAGUUUCAGGCAACAGAGGAUAGGUACCAAAACAAAGGAGCAUACAUUGUGUUGGAACCUCCUAAUUUUGACACUCCUAAAUUUCAUAGUUUUGAUGCGGUUACUCCAAGACCAAAGGUGAAUGUAAUGGACUCUGAUGAAGAACUAGAUUUGGAAUCUAUGAAGAAACAAGACUAGUCAUCCAUGUCUUGUUAUUCAUUGUUAGUUUUUGAUGUAAAUGUGAGAACCAUUUCUCUACAAUGUCUUGAAAAACUUGAAAUUGAUGGUUCAUAUUUUUUCUUUAGUUACUCUGGUUGAUAUGAUACCAAUGUGAUUGGAACUUUUGUCUUUUGUAAAUGUAAUUUUGUUCAUCCCA